AUGGCACGUCCACGCUACAACCACGCGACAGACAACUGGUGGGACGGCAAGAUCGGUAUUUGGCCCUUUGUCGAGCCCGUGACAGCGCAGCGUGACAGUGUGAACCGCAAAGCCGGCACCCUCGAAACAAAUUCAAUUACCGUGACAAAGGACGUGUACCGUACCUUUCUGCUGGACAAGGUCUUGCCUGCAAUCGUCGCCAAAUGGCCGCGCGCCGAUAACACCAUCAAGUUUCAGCACGACAAUGCUCGCGCACAUGUCACGCCAGAGGACGUGAAACUCAAGGCAGCCCUGGACACGUACAAGGCAGUCGGCUAG